AUGGCGUCGGGGAAGAAAGCGUCAGAGGGCAUAGCUUUACUAUCCAUGUACGGUGAUGAGGAGGAGGAUGAUGAAAUGGAAUACCUCGAAGAACAUAAAGAAAGAGAGCAAGAAGAAGAAGGAAAUCUCAUAAGCGACGCCGCUGCAGAAGAGGACGACACUGUAAGUAACGGCGUGGUUGCUUCUGAUUCCGGCACUGAAAAUACUCCUUUGCGACACAAGGAGCGUGGAGGUCUGAAUGACAAUUCUACCCCCAAUAAUACCUUUUAUUCUGGCGGCACUUUUUCCGCAACUACAACUUCGCAGCAGCCGUCUCUCUUUUCGCCUCAACAGCAACUGCAACAGACUGUUGGUUCGGAUUUGAAUUCGGUUCAGAGUCGGAAAAAUAUGCUUACCAUAGUGGAUUACGAGCAGGAUGAGGUGGCAAUGUCCCCUGAAGCCGAGGAAGGUGAAAUAAUGGAAACUGGUCAGGUAAAGUAUGGAGAUGAGCUCCAAAUGGUGAUUGGUGAGUUCCAAGAAAUAACAUCACCAGGAAUGGUUCGACUCCCGACACCUAGCACUCAAGCAACACCUCCUCAAUUAUUAAAACAAAUUGAUCCGCCAGAUUUAGAUGUGGUGAACCAUGUUGCAAAUGAAGCAGAAGCUGCACAGACCGAAGACACUGUUAUGAUUUCUGCAGAAGAGCCAAAAGAGAAUGAUGCACUGGACAAGUUUCUCUCCGCACCCCCAAAGGAUAAAUGCUCAGAUGAACUGCAGGAGAAAAUAAUCAGGUUUCUUGCACUAAAGAAAACUACUGGAAGAAGUUUCAAUUCAGAAGUGCGUAAUCGAAAGCAAUACCGGAACCCUGAUUUUUUGUUGCAUGCAGUGACUUAUCAAGAUAUUGAUCAAAUAGGAUCUUGCUUCAGUAAAGAUGUAUUUGACCCUCAUGGAUAUGACAAAAGUGACUUCUAUGAUGGGAUAGAGGUUGACAUGAGGCGUGAAAUGGAGAGGAAGGAGCAAGAGAAGAAGAAGAAUCAAAAAGUAGAUUUUAUGUCUGGAGGAUCACAGACUGGAAUAGUUGUCCCUACGCCAAAAGUAAACAUGCUAAUUCCAGUUCAAGCUUCAGUAGAUGCUGUAACUCGGGAUGGUAGACAGAACAAAAAAUCGAAGUGGGAUAAGGUGGAUGGCGAUCAAAAUAAUCCUCUGAUCAGUGGAGGGAACGAUUCUUUGUCUACUGUGGACGCACAAGCGUUGCUAUCUGCUGCUAAAGCUGGUAGUGGAUACUCUGCUUUUGCGCGACAAAGGCGGAAGGAGGCAGAAGGACUCUUUCCGCAACUUGUCUCAAAUGUCGGCAGGUUUUUCAGGUCUAAAACAGUAAGGCUGUGCUGUUUGGUUGACGGGUUCCCCUACCCUAUCCCCUUCAGAAAACUAUGGACUAUAGAAGACACCGGUCGGGAGAAACCAUCCUUAGAUUGGAGCAAAGGCAUGCAUAUUGCCAUCGGAGUCUUCUAUAUUUGCACGAACUGUGAGGUGAAAGCUGCAAAAGUUUUGCUAGAUGAAAGCUUUGAAGCCAUUGUUGGGGAUUUUGGUCUAGCUAAGCUCUUAGACUCUAAAGGACUCACAUGUUACAACUGCAGUCCGUGGUAG